AUGCGGUGUGCGCUGCGGCGUUGCCCUGUGCAACAGCAGCGGCGCCUCACCGCCACCACCGUUGCUAGUACUGCCGCCGCUGCUGUUGCUGUUGCCAUGACGUUUAGCGUGCGCCGCCAGAGCAACUCUCUUGUUGGCACGAUCCACGGCGGCGAGUUGUCGCUGCCGAGUGAUCCGCAGGGCGGCUCGCACCUCUCCGCGCGCAACAUCGCGACGGAGGCGCUGCAGAUGAAGAAGCUCCACCAGGAGCGCGGCGGCAACCCGAUGCUCGCGCAGCAGGCGCGCCGCGUUCUCUUCGCGACGUCCAUCGCGGGGCAGAACCUCGACGCCCGCUCCGUCGCGCUGCUGCUGAACACCGCCGUCUACUUCGGCAUGGAGAGCGACGCGAAGCUGGUGCGCGAGUGCAUCGACUACUGCCUCAAGAACGACAAGCUCAUCACCGUCGACGUGCUGCCCAUCGUGGUGACGGCGUGCGCGACGCUCAAGUCCCGCGACGCGCGCGAGGUGAUUGAGCUGCAGGCGCAGAAGGCCGCGCGCAACGCCAAGUACCUCGACGCGAAGGCGGUGACGAACACCAUCAGCGCCUUCUCCAAGACCGGCAUCCAGCACGAGAAGCUGUACGGCUACCUGUCGAAGCGCGUGCAGACGCUCGCGCGCGUCGGCGAGUUCGAGGCGGCGCACCUCGUGAUCCUCGCCAACGCCUUUGCGCGGCUGCGGUACCGCGACAAGUUCGUCUUCGGCGCCAUCGCCCGCCGCGCCACAUCGCUGCGUGAGCGCGUGACGGUGCACGAGCUGGUGCCCCUCAUCGUCGCCUUCUCGAAGAUCGGGCUGAAGGACCCGAAGCUGAGCAAGCGCUUCGCCAGCAAGGCGAUGGAGUACGUGGACCAGAUGAACGCGGAGCAGGUGGCGAGCAUGUUCAUGGCCUUCGCGUACUUCGGCAUCCGCUACGACCAGCUCUUCGGCGUGCUGACGAACCGCGCGGUGGAGCUCAUCGAUGAGUUCAACGCGCAGUACAUCAGCACCACGCUCAACGCGUUCCAGCGCAUCGGCAUCAACAACCCCGAGCUCUUCGACAACCUCGCGGAGCGCGCGCUCGCGGUGGUGCAGGACCACGACGCGCGCGACAUCUCCAAGACGGUCACCGCCCUCGCGCACUUCGGGCUCAAGGACGAGGAGCUCUUCAAGCGCCUCGCCUCGCACGCCGCGAGCAUCGCCGACCAGUUCGACGCCGUUGGUCUCGUCAACACCGCACACGCCUUCGCGCGCACAAACUUCCUGCAGCAGGACAUGGCCGUCGCGCUGUCGGAGCGCAGCGUGUACGUCUGCCGCCAGAUCGAUGCCGGCGAGGCGCGGCGGCUGCUGUGGUCGCUCGCCAAGUUCCAGGUGCGCGAUCCGAAGAUCCUGACGCCCGUCUUCAACCGCUGCCUCGCACUGCACCAGGACUUCUUCUCCGACCCCACCGGCAGCGAGGAGAUUGAGGAGAUAUUCGACAUCUACGGCCCCAACGUGUGCCCGCAGCUCUACCAGCUGUACGUCUCCCGUGGGUCCACGCCGCAGAUGUAA